GUUUGCUCUGCCGUAGUCUAUCAUUGCACAGCGGAGUGAGUGCUUGGUUUAACGCGAACUAAUAUUACUUCCGACGAGUGAAUUUAUAUAUAUUUUUUUUAAUAAUAGUAUUAAUUCAAUAAAAAUGGAAUUAAAUUUUGUAACGACUUUAAUUAAACACGAUGUGAAUCACAACGUGAAACAGUGCAUCAAAACCAAGAAACCUUUCGUUAGCAGAAAAGAAGAAGUAAUGGCUAUCAAAAGUAAAUUUCCGUCAAAAAUUCCUCUUAUAGUAGAAAGGUAUCAUAAGGAAAGAAAUUUGCCAAUACUAAAUAAAACAAAAUUCUUAGUUCCUGAAGACAUCACUAUGUCGCAAUUCCUAGUUAUAAUUCGGAAUAGAAUAAAAAUUAAGCCAAAUCAAGCUAUAUAUCUGAUAAUCAAUAACAAAUCCAUGCUAAGUAUGAGUUUAACAAUGGCACAAGCAUAUGAGGAUUAUGGUAACGAAGAUGGCUUUCUUUACAUGACGUAUGCUUCACAAGAGGUUUUCGGUUAUAAAGAUGAUAUGAAAGAGACUAAAGCAGAUGUUCAAGCAAUGAGAGAUAGAUUUCCAGACAAAGUGCCCUUAUACGUGCAUAAAUAUGUACGUGAACGAGAGGUUCCGUCGCUGGGAAGAAGUAAAUUCCUCGUACCCGAAGAACUUACCAUGUCUCAGUUUUUGUACGUAAUUAGAACGAAAAUGAAAUUGAGAGAAACACAGGCAUUGUAUUUGCUGGUAAACAACAAAGUGCUAGCAAGUCACAGCAUGACGAUGGCGCAGGCGUACAGCCAGUUCCGUGGACACGACGGUUACUUGCACAUCACUUACGCAACUCAGCAAGUCUUCGGAUGAAUACUGUACAUAUUCAAGCUGGAUUGGUGUGAUAUCUCAUGUUCCUGAAAUUAUUUUCUUUUUUAAAGACUGAUAGUUAUUUGAUUUUUCAAUUUUAUGAUAGUUACAAUAAGAUUUGAAUUAUAAGGCAUUAAAAGCGCAUUAACAUCUUUUAUUUAUUUAACAGGACCAACCCUUACUGAUCCUGCUAAAUAAGUAAAAAUUAAAUUAAUUGAUCAAGAUAUAUAAAAUAUUGGUGUAACUAUGUACAAUUAUUUACAAUGAUAUAUACACAGUACAAAUACGCAUGUAUACCAUACGGUCCUUUAAAAUUAAAUAUAUUAUAAACAAAUACAUAUAAAAGAUUCACAACUAUAUUCCCAGAUAUGCUAGUCAAAGGGUUUGACAAAACUUGUUGAUCAAGAUUGAUUCACAGACUGUAUUCUGCUAUUUUUCUCAUAAAAUAUCUUUGAAUAAUAGUCAUAGUAAUAAAUAUAAAAUAUAAUCUAGAAUAUAAUAGUUUCAAUUGAUUUUUUUAAAAACUAAUUUUAUAUUGACUUUCAAUAUGUUUCUAAUAAUAAAUAAAUUGUAAUUUAAUAAUUUGUAAUUGUAAUUUAAUGUUACGUAAAUUUAUUUUACACAUAUGCUAAUAAAAGCGAUCUAUUUUUAAUGUAAUUACAGCGAGAUCUUUUCUGAUAGAUAUAUAAAUAAUUAGCUAUUGUUAAAGUGAAAUAAGUAUAUUUGUGUAUAUUAUUGUAAGUAAUUACAUUAUUACUUUAUCAAAUUGGAUUUACUUUAUAGGAAGUGUAAAUAUUAAUAUGAACAUAUAUACUUACAUUUUUUUAUUAAGCAAUCCACAAUUAAAUCAAUUUGAACGGCAUAUUCAAAACAAAUUAAACAUCCAUCAUGUUUUUGUGAAGAAUUUUUAGGUAUUGCAACUACAGAAAAAUGUUAAGUUUCACACUAUCUAUAAUACUAUAUAAUAUUAGUUACAGCCUGCGUAUCAUCUCUAGUAAGAUAACUUCGUAUGUUAAUAUUUGAUGUGCUAAUUCAGUUUUUCUAUUAAUUAUAUCUAUUAAGGAAAAACAGGAUUACUAUCAACUUUUAUUUGCGCUUUUGUUAUUUUUUAUAUAAUACUGUUACUCUUUUCCCAGGAAGAAAUGAAAAUCAUUGCAAUCCUUUUAAGCGAAACAACAUUUUUUUCCAAAGAAACACGAAUCGGAAGAUGAUAAAGAAGUUUGAGCCUCCUAUACUUCCAGGCUCGUUCAUCUGUUAUUAUAUUUUUUUACAUCAGCUUGUUUAUCAAUUUUUGCAGAUUAGGAAGCGUUUUCGAUGAAAGCCUACAACCGACUUCAUUUUUUUCGAUAUCUUAAACAAUUAUCGUCAUAUUUCAACAAAUUAAUACAAAACAAUAUUAAAUUAUACCUUAAAUAAACCUUCCUCUUAUAUCACUUUAUAUAUUGAUGAAAAUCCGUUGCAUAAUUUAAAAGAUUAUGAAUGCAGUUGGCGGGCAGUGCCUUUGUUUUAUACUAUGUAAACCUAAGUACGAGAAACAUUUUUUUGUUGUUGUUUUAUGAUAAUUCACUUGUUCUUAAAAGAAUUAAACUACAUAAAUCCUUUACAUAAAUAAACUAAGAUGAAAAUGCGAUUUUAGAUCGGUAGGUAAGUGAAAGUUCUAAAUAAGAGUUGAUAGUAAACCUAGUAAUGUUUCAAUCUUAGAUUUUAACAUAAUAUUUAAAAAAAAUUGUGCAACAACUUUAUCAUACAUAGUUUACAUGAUCUCAGUGAAACGAAGAAGUGGUGUAUUUUUUUUCCAAUAUAAAUUAUGCAUUUCAGUCUGCUGUAACAAUGUAAUUAAAAUAUAUUAAAUUUAA